AUGGCUUUCUCAAAAGAUGUCAUUGACAGAUUUCUGGGUGGGGAUUUUGGAGCUCUCGGGCUCUCAGAACCUUCAGAAUCACUUCCGCCCCUUGACUAUGAACAAAUGAAGCAAUUCACAUCCGGAGGCUAUGGAGCUUUGGGUCUACCUGCACCGUCAUCUCUGCCUACUCCGGAAAAGGUUCGACAAGAAGCCAAGGAACGAUCUACAGAAGUAGGUCGACAUCCACCCCAUGUCUUCGCACACACGGAUUUUCAAGCCACGCAGCUUGGCCGUGUUAGUGCUGCUACUAUGCCUGCUUUUCUUAAUGUUCAUACUAUGUUGCUUGAGGGAGAAACAGUCAAAACUUACGGCCGUCUUGUUUCUUGGGAUGAAGAUGAAGAUGCUAUGAUGGACACAUUCGCUGGUCUUGCACACCUACCGGGAUCGGGACUUAUGAUCUUGGGAAUACAACAAAGACUACUGCAUCUGCUGGUAAAGUGCUGUGAGGCACUGCUACAUGAUAUUGAUGCUGAUUCCUUGAUCAGCGAGGCAUCGAUCAAGCCAGAGCCGCCUCUCCUCACAGAUGUUUCGGACUGGUCGACCAUUGCAGCUGUAGCUGCCGAAGCACCUUAUCGCCUACCUUCGAAACUCGAUUUUCAUCGUCUCCAGGUUAUCGUUGAGGCUAGACGAAUGGGUGUUGAGGAUUAUAUUCGAGACUUGAGAGAAGAUCCUGGCUAUUUUGCCGAAGUUUUGGGAGAUUGGAGCGAACAUAGACAGGAAAAAUUGCUCGACACCUUUGGAAAUCGACAUCCUACGCUUGAUAGACCAUUUUUCUGGGAAUAUGUUAUUGGGAACGCCGUCUCCGAUGCGUACGGUGCUUUAAUCGUAUGGGAGAACGUCGCUCGACAACUUAAGCACCUAGCCUUCCUGCAGAAGAAGUAUGCUUCUAAAAUUACACCGAAAAGGCAAUUACCUUCAGAAUACAUGAAGGCAUUGCUGACGUUGAGAUAUACGCUAAGCCAGAUGGUGAAAGGUCCAAUCAGAAAUUUGAAGAUGGCAGUCCCAGCAUCGCCACCAUAUCGUUCAAAAUUUGUUCGCGACCCACAAGUACCAGGUUCUACAAUGAUCCAAGUUCGGAUAGAUGAAAUUAAAAGUAGGAUUGAACGGGAUCCAAAUGAAAAAUCAAAAUUUUCGGCUUUGGUUACACGUAUCUUUUCUGAUCUUAGUCUCAUCUCGCGGAUCUAUCAUGAACUGGACAUAUAUCUGCCAUGGGCUGCUGAUUACGAUAAUGCGCUAGUAGAGCAUAAAGAGCAGAUUGAGAAGGAGUUUCCUAAGCAGCUCAGUUUACUUGCCAGCGUGGAUCGCCAUCUCAAAGCUACCGGCUUGGCUAAAUUCGGAUCUCCAGCUGAGGGACGCUUCCAUUACCCAUCGGAUAAACGAAGGAACAAACAGAAUACGGAGAGUAUGAGGAAAGCUGAGCAUAACUUGGACGAGUUUUGGCAGAAAAUGGACGAGGUCUACCAAAGAAAUACUGGGCAAACAUUGACUCAGGCUGUCAAGCAUAUCUGUACCGCCGUGCGUCCGCUCGAGCGAACACCCGAAUGGGUCGAGCCAAUAAAGGUACCAAAGACUAAACCUCAGGAUAGAACUGAUCGCGAUGAAGCUUCUCCAAUACCACAAUUUGGCUCCAACGAUACUACCAAAUUCAUUGCCCCACGACCAAAGUCCAAGCCCAAGACUCGCGGUGCAGAAAUUACCACCGAGUCUGCAACUACAUUAGCAGCAGAAGCGGCUCCAGCAGCAACUUCAACUCUAACUCCAACUCUAACUCCAACUUCGGGCUCUCAACCAACAUUCAAACUCAAAGCCCGCGCAAUCAAAGUCUUCAAAGCUCUCUUCUGGCAACCCUCUCUCAACGAUCUCCCAGGCGAAAUUCCCUGGGCGGACUUCCUCUACGCAAUGAUGUCUGCGGGUUUCGCGGCCGAAAAACAAUACGGUUCGGUGUGGCAGUUUACGCCGACGAAAUUGGAGGUUGAGCGCAGUAUCCAGUUUCAUGAACCGCAUCCUUCGGGGAAAAUUGCGUUUCGCACGGCGAGGAGGAUGGGGAGACGUUUGGGGAGGUCGUAUGGGUGGGAGAGGGGGAUGUUUGGUCUUGAGUAG